ACCACCCAGAGUAGGAGCCUGAGCGCGGGGUAUAAAUCCCCAUGGGAGGCCGGCAGAGGCCUCUCUCGCCUCCUGAGCACAAAGAAUGGCCUCUCCCAGGGCCCUGCCACCGCUGCUGCUGCUCGCUGCGCUCUUGGGUGCACACUCUGGUGAGGCCUUCAGGUGCUUCACGUGCAAGCAGCCCACGUCCAUUUCUUUGUGCAAGAACAUCACUCGCUGCAAGCCAGAGCACACGGCCUGCAAGACCACGCUGGUGGCGGUGGAGUCAGAGUUCCCCUUCGGCCAGAGCCCUGUGGUGACCCGCUCCUGCUCCAGCUCCUGCACGGCCACUGACCCGGACAGCUUUGGGGUCAGACACCCUGUCUUCUGCUGCUUCCGUGAUCUCUGCAAUUCUGUGGGGGCCGCCAGGCUCAGUGCCGGGGCCCUGGCCACUCUGGGGGCCACACUCCUCAGCCACCUCCUUCCCUGAAGAGCCUGGCUCUGCCAGUGGCCACCACUGCUGGCACGCCUCCAUGGCCCAAGCUCCCUGGGCCUCAGGUUACCCGUGGGACCCUAGGGGAGCUUCCCAGGUGGGCCUGGGUCUUCCCAAGUGCGUGGGAAAGGGUGUGAAGUGCUGCACCCACCAAUCUCCACGGGCCUCGUCCCCUCCUCUGACAAUGGGCCUGUUACACCCUCGGCCCUGGGGACAGCUGAGAUUCCACGAGAUUGUGUGCACGGAAUACUAAGGCCGCCCAGCUCCCCCCAGGCCCCCAGGGCUGCUGAGAGGUUCCCAGGGGCCAGCCUGCCGGCCGGAGGAGCAGCAAGAGUGUCCUCGGGGGCUGAGCACCCCCAGGGCCCAGGGUCCUUGGGCCCCAGGAGAGCCCGCCUCAAGCUCCUGCUUCCCCCUCACAUGGCUCCCAGCUGUCCCCGGGUGUGACCUGCUCCAGCCCCACUGUAGGCAGGUGGAGGCAGGAGCCUGAGUUACCCCAGGGGCGUCAAUGCCCCUCUCCAGGCACAAGUUUCCAUUGGGCUUUCUGGGCCGGGCAUUUUCCAGAUUCUGUGUAUGGCCAAACCUCCAGACAGCCCCACUGGACCCUGCAUUUGGAGGCAAGAAGCCAGGGCUACGGCCUCCCCUUGGGGUCUGAGCAAGCCCAAGUCACUCCGCCUCAGCUUCACCAGCAGAGCCACAGGGAGGGUGCCUUCAGGUCUCUGAGGCGGGAAGGGCAGAUGGGAGAGGCUUGGCAGCCGCCCAUCCCCCAGGAAGGCUGGUGGGCGGCCGGGGGCACCUGCAAGGCCUCCGCUCUGCUCAAGCGUGGCCAGCAGAGGGCGUGCGCCCCUCAGGCUCCUCCCAGGGGCAGCCAGGUCAGGGUCUCAUACCCCAGACACCCAGAGAUCGGCCACCAGGUCCUCUCCAUCCCAUCCUCUGCCCUGGCCCUCCCUGCCACCUGCCCAGGACUGAGACACCCCCCCAUGGUCUGUCCUCCAAACAUAGACUGAGAGCCUCCUGUCCUCCUGUCCCCCUGCCCCCUCAGCUGGGGUGCAUCUCCCUGAAGUGGACAGAGAAGUCCCCAUGCCCCGGGGAACAGCCACACUCAGCCCAGAUGCCCUUGAACAUCUUGAACCACACCCCCCUGGUCGCCUCCCACACACAGGGUGCCAAGCAGAGCAGACUACGGCCAGGCACCCCCAGCCGGGCUCCCCAGCCCCUGCCCUGCUCCAGAGUCCCAGCCAGCCACUCAGAACCACUGGCUGGACCUGCCUGGGCCUAGACCACCUGGGGGCACCAUUUCCUGUCUGCAGUCCCAUUUGUAAACUUGUCCCGGCUGACAAUGCUCAACUCAGACAACUGCCAUGACCCCCCCCAACCCCCCUGCCUCGUGGCCCACAGCACCUGUGCCAACGUCUCUUAAGUGAAGAGAAACAGACAUCUGAUGCGGAUGCCACUGGCUCAGGGCAGGCGUGAGGCACAGCCUGUCAGGCCCCAAGGCCCUCAGACCUGGCGGGAGACGGAAAGGGCAGCAGACCACUGACCUGCCACGUGCUUCUCCACUCCCGCUGCCGCAUCCCUGAGUGCCUGCUGCAAACACAGCUGCUUCCAACUGCUCUUUCUCAAGUCCGCCUGGGCCCUCCUGGGCAGAAGGUCAGGGCACAGACACCCCCCUCACUCACCUGCCCUGUGUCCUCUCAGGGGGCCCUGCAGAAUAUCCCUGUACUCCGCCCCCACCCAUCCCCCCCACCCAUGAAGGCCCACUGACCUGUGUCCCCACGUGCCUCCCCCGACUCUGCCUAGUGACCCCCCCAGGGGCCUGGGGGCCCAGACCCAGAAUCUGGGGCACAACCUCACAAGCCCCUGUGGAGGACUGUGGAUGAGGAGGGCCAGGGGCUGUAAGAGGCUUUGGGCAACUCCUUUCUGGCCUUGGUCCCAUGCUCCAUGGACCAGGGACGAGUCCUGCCCUGCCAGCCUGGCCCCAAAGUUCACAUAACAAUUUGGGCAACACCCCCCUCCACAGCUGUAAGUGGCCCGCCACUUCCCUGGCGGGGGUGGGCCUCAGAAAUGAGGACUCCCCAGCACACUCACAUUUAACACCCUUUAAUCUUGGGCUUCCUUUAAAUAAAAUGGCAAUAUUGCAGCUUU